GCUCUGUCCACCCGCUUUCCGGCCCCGGCCAGCCUCCAAAACCGACCAAACCAAUUCAUCAGUCACUCACUCACACGACUCGUCCAGCAGCCCUCUCGCUCUCCGCGCCACGCCGCGCACGCACACGCGGCUCACGAUGGCAAGAACCGGAGCGCGCGCCCGGCGCCACGCACUCCUGCUCGCCGCUCUCGCGCUCUGCGCCGCGUGCGCGUGCGUGCCGGCAGCCCACGCGGGCGCGCUCCGGGCGUCGGCCAUCUCCGCGGCGCCGGAGCCGUCGCCGUACCCUCUGCUGCAGCCGCGCCACCGCCACGCGAGCGCCCCCACCGCGCUCCCGCCGUCGCUCUCGCUCUCCCCGGACAUAAUGCCGCUGCUCCCGUCCCCGAGCCCCGGCGACGACACGCUGGCGCCGUCCGACGCGGCGGCCACCAUCCCGUCCAGCCCGAGCCCGCCCAACCCCGACGCGCUCGAGCCCGACUCCGCCUUCGCGCCCUUCGGCUCCGCCGCGCCCGCCGCUGUCGCCGGAAUGCAGUCCUCCGCUCCGUCGCGGCCCCGCAUGGCGUGGGCGGUGCUCCCGGCCGUGGGGCUCGUGGCCGCCAUGUGGUUGGCGUAGCGGAUAGGACAGAGUGGGGGACGGCGGCAGCAAUCCGCCAGGCCUGGGGCGUGCAGGGAAAGUUGGCCACUGGGCUGGUCGGUCGGCUGGGCAGGAUUUGCAUGAGCUUCAACCGAAGAGAAUUAUUACUUUUUGUUCUUACAAUGUUCUUGGCCAUCUCUUGUAAAUUUCAUCCUUAGUUGAUAAAUUGUUUCUCAGGUGCUACAUUCUAUAGCCUUUUCUGUAGUUUUCUGAUUUUUUAUGUGUGGAGAUCAUUUGGGCCAUUCUUGUAAUAAGGUUAGACUGGAUGGGUUAUUAGCUGAUUGAUAAUAAUCUAAUGUCAUUUCUUGA